UAUAAAGAGUGGCCGGUCUGAGGAUGUUGCUGAGGUAAAUUCGAGGCUAAUGCUGUUUUGCUUUGCUUUGUCCUCUCCAUUUAUAAUCCUAAGUUUGACCGCUCUUUGAGACGGUGCCCGAUCGUUGUGCCCUUCGGUGCCCACAUCGAGCUCAACCAUGGGAUUUUCGCUGGUCCCCCAAAACGCUCGUGAACUGUGGAAGGAGUGGGAGCUGCGGGUGCUCGUCCUCCUCAGCUUGUUCCUCCAAUUGACCCUCGCGACUCAGGGCAGCCGGAGGAGAUCCAUGUACAAGUACUGGAUCCAAGUCGUGGUCUGGACGACAUACCUAUCGGCUGACUCCAUCGCGACCCUCACGCUCGGCGUCCUCUCGAACCGUCUAGCCAACAUCAAGGAAGCGAAGGGGAUGAUCGAUCCGAAGAGCCAGAUCACAGCGUUCUGGGCACCGUUCCUUCUCCUCCACUUGGGCGGUCCCGACACAAUCACCGCAUAUGCCCUGGAGGACAAUGAGCUAUGGCUGAGGCAGUUGGCACGGCUUUGCGUCCAGGUAGGACUAGCUUGUUACAUUUACUUCAUGGCCUUGUCGGGGACAACACUAUCGAUAUUAGCAGCUGGUAUGAGCCUGGUGGGGUUCAUCAAAUAUGCAGAGAGAACAUGGUGUCUGUACUUUGCAAGCGAAGGUCGACUUCGAGAUUCGAUGCUUUCGCUUCCCGAUUUUGGUCCCAUAUACCCCAGGAUAAUGGAGCAGUACACUCUGAAGAAAGAGGAGGGUUACCGAGUCGGCAUUGAUGAGGUCACGGAGGUUCUGGCUCCGGAGGAUCUCUCAGUUAACAGCAGUCAAGCCAUUGACGAAGAGAAAGCCACGACUCUGGUCAAAGCCUAUGAGUUGUUCAAGAUCUUCAAGCUUCUCUUCGUGGGCCUUAUCCUCAACUUUGGCGACCUGGAGGCCAGUAAGCGCAUGUUCAUGAACCGAAACAUGGAUUCCACGAUGGCUUUUGGGAUCGUGGAGAUCGAGCUCGGGUUCAUGUACGAUCUGCUCUACACCAAGGCACUGUUGCUGAACCGUGCUUGGGGCACCAUUCGUUGGGUCAUUAACCUCUCGGUGCCGUGUGCCGUGCUGGUAUUCUUCUCCUUACAGGAUAGGAAGGAUUACCCCAAAGUUGACGUCUGUAUCACCUUCUUGCUGAUCUGCCCGAGCAAAAGAUGGUCGAAUUCCGUGGCCCAGUUCAGCCUCUUGGGAUUAUCUAUCAGGAAAAGAAACAGGAUCUUCCACAAGUGUCCGAGGCUCGCAAAGUUAAAUGAGAAGUUGGAGAAGAACUUCCACAUCGAUUACAAAGUGUUCAAGACCAACAUGAAAGAAUGGAUCUUAGGUCACAUGAGGGAUACGGUCGAUUAUCUGGCACAGAACAGAUCGAACGGCGGGUUGACGAGUCUUAAGAUGGAGGCUAGCGAUGUACUGAAGACGUCAAAUAACGUUCACCUGAACUGGAGUGUGAAAGAGAUAGAGUUCGACCAGAGCGUCCUCAUCUGGCACAUAGCCACUGAGCUCUGCCACUACAAUGACCAUGACAAGAGGCAGAACCAUAGCUCGGAAGACGUCACGAACUACAAGAUGAGUAAGUUGGUCUCUCGGUACAUGCUCUAUCUUUUAGUACUGCAUCCUUCUAUGUUGCCAACAGGGAUAGGGGUGCUCCGAUAUGAAGAUACUUCGGUCGACGCUCAGAAGUUCUUUGAGGACAAGCUAGCGGUAUUGUCAAAGAAAGAAACCAUCACCAUCUCAUCGAUUGUCAAGAAGUGGGUGAUGAAUUUAUUCAAGAAAGAGGAACAUGUCCACACCAACGUCAAAAGCUGCAACAAGGCGCACAAGUCAACAGAGUCCCGCGAUCUAUGCGAAGUCUGCCAUCAUCUGCUCCAAGUUGCAACUCAGCUGCCCGCCAAGAAAAUAAGCCGUGGCCAAAGCAGGUCGGUGCUGUUUGAUGCGUGCCAUCUCGCAUCCCAGUUGAACAAAAUCGAGUCGAGGGACUUCGGCAGGAAAUGGUACUUGAUCGGCAAGGUCUGGGCGAAGUUUCUGAUAUACGCGGCUAGCCAGAGCAAAGGCAACGAACACUCCGAGAGCCUGAGCAGAGGAGGAGAGCUGCUCAGCCAUGUUUGGCUUCUAAUGGCACAUCUCGGCGUAGCGGAGCCAGUGCAAACUUCCGAAGCACAGUGCAUUACCAAACUGAUCGUGAACUAGAACUUUCAGGUGGAAAGUGUUUCUUUGGUUAAUCUACUGUUGUUGUUUGAGUAGGAUAAAAGAAGUUAAGCUCAUCAUCUUGAGAUGGUGAGGGAGUUGUUUCCAUAUUUGAUGUGCUUGAGGAGUGGGGAAAUAAUGAAACUGUGUGUAUCAGUGGUUGUGAACC